AUGGCGUCUCGCGACUCCCAUCCGCAAGACUUCGAGUCCAACAGCGCAGAUAACGACUUCCACCCGACCACAACUCACCAUCCCUCCUACUCAGAUCAAUUUCCACAAUAUUCUCACCCACUGAUUGAUUCUGCCAGAAACGGAUGGCAAUCUAGAGCCCCUGGAGGUCCCCAGCACGGCUCUAGCUCCCCCGCGGAUGAUAUCACACCCCCGGGAUGGUCCCAAAUGGCUCUCUCUGUAGCUUUCGCGCCGCGCUUCCGGCACGUGCUGAUCUAUGUCGCGUUGGCUGUAUUUGCAUGGAUUGGUUGGCGAAUGCUGCUUACUCCACGACUACAAGACGAAAACUCGCUGUUGCAUUCACUUGAUCCGACAUCUAAGACAGCAAAUUCGCCCCCUCAGUUUGACGGCUUGGUUCAGAUCCGUACCUUGGACCCAGAACUGGUGCCUGGAGAUUUGGCGAGAGUGGAUUCGGGGGAAACGAGUCGGAAACGGCUAAUUAUUGUGGGCGAUGUGCAUGGCUGUAAAGAGGAGUUGGUGCAACUUCUUGAAAAAGUCUCCUUCAACCAGAAAAGUGGCGAUCACCUUAUCUUUGUCGGUGACCUGAUCAACAAAGGACCAAACAGUACAGGAGUCGUGGACUUAGCUCGGCAGCAUUCGGCAUCUAGUGUUCGCGGGAAUCACGAGGACCGGAUUCUGCUUCAUCGAUACGAGAUGGCGAAGACCAAAACUCUCGCAACCCCCGAUGACGAUAAGGACUCUGUUUUCUCAUCCAAGGAACUUGGUGAGCGUGCACUCGCGCGAUCUUUGAGCGACGAGCAAGCUCAGUGGCUGGAGAAGUGUCCAGUGAUCCUGAAUGUCGGCCAAGUUCCAGGCAUGGGCCAGGUGGUUGUCGUUCAUGCGGGACUAGUACCGGGCAUCGAGCUUGAGAAGCAGGACCCGUCCAGCGUGAUGACUAUGCGGACCAUUGAUUUAGAUACGCAUGUGCCUAGUCCGAAAAAGAAGGGCAUGAAUUGGGCUCAAAUGUUUGAUAAACAUCAGUCAAAGCUAUACUCGAGCCUCGAGACUUCAACUGCAGAUCCCCUCGCAAAUACCACGACCGUUGUCUAUGGCCACGAUGCUUCUACGUCUCUUUCUAUCCGCACAUUCACAAAGGGUCUUGACUCAGGUUGUGUGAAGGGGGGAAGCUCACGGCUUUGGUGA